AUGGCGCCAGUGAUACCGUCUUCGUUGAGCCCUCACGUAUGUAUACUGCCUUCUCCAGAUCUAUCGGAGCUAUUGGAAGAAUCGGGGUUGCCUCCUCUACCCAAUAUUCUCCAGGCCUUCUCGCCACUACCACAAGUUACCACGAGAACAGCGUCACUUGUCCCAGUUCCGCACAGUUCUUUCGCAUUGAGGUUCUCCGACUUGGCUGAGGUGGAAGAGGCUUGUCGUGAACCAGAGGAGCAACGCGCCAUACGAACGCUGGACUGGAUCUCCGCCCGUAUUACGAAGAGAUGCGAGAAAUGGGUGCAGGACGUAGAGGAGAGGGGAGAGAAAGAGGUGGGGAAGGAUGGGCGGGUUAGGUCGCCCUGGUGGGACGAGCUACGAAGAUGUGCAGAAGGCGAUAUCGUUCCUGAUAAGAACGAAGGUUGGAACCACCCGGUCUCAGUCAUUCUGGCGGUGUCGACAACGGCGCCAAACCCACUACAGGCCAUAACUGCCCUGCACGCCAGGCAACCCCAACUCCCAUCAUGGGUAGACCCUACGCAUCUUCGUUAUACAGUGAUUGUCCAUCCAAAGAACUCGCCGCUUUCUGACGAAGAAGCCAACGCACUGUUCAAUGCGGUCAAAAAGCAGUUUGGGUUGCACACAUACCUGUUACCGCUCAAUCUUCCUUCUCCGCCGCCUCCGCCGGUACCUGUCCCUGCCCUUAUGCCACGACUCCCUCCGCCACCAGGACCUGAAUCUCCAUAUAUUUCGCGUCACACCGGUGCGAUUCCUCCAACUCCUGCGACCGCCAACGCACCCUCGAUUCCAGGAAAUCCAUAUGCUUUGAACACACUGAGGCUAGAGGAGAAAGACAUACAAGCUGUGCUACGGUUUACUCGUGAAUUUGUUGUAAUGAGUCUAAUCCCUUGGAUGGAACGCUGCGUUGUCGAAUGGAACGAGGCCUAUUCAUCGACGAGAAGGCUUCCAUCCCGACUGUUUUCCUCCACUCGCCGCCUGUUUGGUUCAUCCCCAUCGCCCUCCCCUGGACCUGGGCAUACCUCUUCUUCUUCCGUUUCGUCAUUACCCGGCCGAAGUGGAUCGAUCUCAUCAGCGAAUGGAAUCCCAACGCCUCUGUCACAACCUCGACGUUUAGCAGAAUUCUGUACCAUCCUUGGUGAUUUCAAACUUGCCAUCAAUCUCUGGGAGUCUUUAAGGAAGGAGAGCAAGGGAGGAUCGGACAUUAUUCCCAUCUUGUCAGCUCCAUCUCCUGCCCUGCAGCUCCAUGCGUCCAAUGCGCUGGUCGGCAUCCACCCUUCCAUCGACGACCUCCCGCCACACGCCCAGCUUCGCGCUUUGCUUUAUGCUAAGGCGAACGAUGGCUUGUUUGGGCCGCUGGGAAUACUCAAGGCAGAAGAAGCCCCAUCCGCGUUGCUUUUGGCCCAUGCUGCUUUGCUGAGCUCUGUUAGAAAGAGGGCCUUUAGAAGAGCUGGAUUCUGGUACACUCUGGCAGCCAAUAGGUUGGAGAAGUGUGGCAUCAAACCAUUAACAGUCUACUUCUUCCGUAAAGCUCACGAACUCUACCAGAUACGACCGCCUAAGGAGCUGUCACCAUCGUUCUGGGACUCUGAAGGGAAGUCACCAACAUCCUCCGUAGAGCAGUUUGUGGACAUCAGGGCGGGUGUCGAACAUCCUCUGGCUCGACUGCUGUAUACAACGGGCAACAUCACCGGGGCUGUUCAAAUGUUCCUAGGCGCUUUGAGAGUUCUUAAGAGUCCAGCCUUACAAACUAUUGGCCAGUUGGAAGGUGCGACGGAGGAAGCCAACCGAUCUUCUCACGACAGAACCUUUCUGGACGAUUUCCGAGUCGCGUUUGCGCAUCUUGCAUCAACGGAACCUGAGGCUCUGAAAACCCUCAAUCUCAGUCUUCCACUCAAGUUUUGUCAAUCCAGGCAAUCGAAAAUUAGGUUUUCAGAUGACAGCAUAUCCUCUCAUCCAGUUAUCUGGGAAAAACGUGAGAAUCAAUGGCAGUCGUUCUGGAAGUCCAAAGGAGGAAAGGAACGCCUGGCAUCCGGGCGGCAGGUGUGCGCAGGGGACACAUUUUGGGUUGACCUCGCCGUGCAAAACCCUCUAGACGCGGAUGUCGAGUUGAACAACUUGACGCUGAUCCUUGAGACAAACGGCCCUUCGGAGGGCCCCAUCGAGUCAACGGUAGAAGUUGAAAGAGUCAGUGACAUCGUACUGGGGGCCAAGGAAUCACGAACGAUUCCGAUAGCUCUAAAGGCCCUCAAGUCCGGGAAGUUUUUAAUUUCCAAGGUCCAAUAUGACUUUUUGGGAAUUCUUUCUUCGACGGAGUCCCUCGCUUCGAGAGGUCGCCGGCUUAACGACACCCUGGCUCAGCGACAAACGCCAACGUAUGCUCCCGACGUUUAUCUUAAAGUUGAUGUCUCGCCAGCCGACAACAAGCUGUCUGUCACUUUUGUUGAUGACGGGGACCUUAUACUGAAGCAAGGAGAAAUUGAAGAGAUGAAAAUACUUCUGACCAACACUGGGACCAAACCUAUAAACGAGGUCUGGCUAGUAUUAGGAGGCGAAGAGGCCGUUUGCAUUGGAGAAGAGAACGAGCGUCUGAUAUCAUCAUCGACGUCCGAGAUCAUCCGUUCAAAGAAUACGCUCGGAUUACCAGAACCGCAACGAGUACCACUGGAUGUCCCACUCGAAUCGGGUUCCUACAAGGAACUUUCGGUGUGCCUGCACGCCGAUCGCACAGGUUCUCAUGAAUUACUUUUCCUAAUCUUGUACCGCGAGAACGAUUCCUCUCCAUUCCACUCCGAUCGAUUGUCGAGAACGUUCGAAGUGCAGCCCAUCCUCGAUAUCGCCGUUUCCACGACACCAUCACUUUCGCGGGACUGUCCGUUCAUUCUAACAGUAGAGGCAACGUCGUCCUCCCUUUCAUCCACUGUCUCCAUCACACAAAUAUCUGCGAUCAGCCCUUUGUGGAAAUUCCACACAGUAGAGGCCGCACAGUCGUCUGUGUCACCAUCACAGAAAGCGAAGGUCGUCCUGAGCGCAGAACAAUGGCUCGACGGAGAGGGCAAGAAAGAGUCUAUCGAUUUCUUGACACAGAAACUGGGCGACGUCCUUUCAGGAAACCCUAUCUCCUCUUCAGAACCACCUGAACUUGAUCUCUUCUGCAGCCAUAUUAUUCAGGAGCCUUCCCAGCGCUACUCGAUACAUACCUCCGACCUCUGGUGCUUGAUCGAAGCAGAGCGACGCCAACAUGUAGCUGAAAUCGAAAGGCAGCAACAUCCACAUAUCCCUGAAGAUUCGCAUCCGAACAUAUUCCCGCUUUACAGUCCCACCUCCGUCGACCUUGCCAUAUUUUGGGAAAUGCCAGCCCAGAAGCGUAAAGGACAUGUUAUGGUAUUCGGUAUCAAUCUCGGUGCGACCCACGGCGCGCUGAACGAAAUCAUCGCCAAUGCAGAGAACGCUAAAGUGAAGCGAAGCAUGUACGCGGAGACAGUUCGAGAAAAGGCCGAGCUUCUUGAAGGAAUUCGGACGAGUCAGUGGAACGUGGAUGUGGAUCCGACUGUGGCGACCGUAGAGGGUAAUGAGAUUAGCCAUGACUUUGGAAAAGGUCCAUGCCAUGUUCCCGUGAGCAUUGUUCUUCGAAACCAUUCACCCCUGUACGACGCCCGGGUAACCCUGAAGCUGCGACCCGGAAGUCAACCAACGGCCCCUGAUCUAACGCCCGCACACAAUACUGCACCAUAUUCUGGGCGUCUCACAUUCAGGAAUGAACUCCCCCCAGGGGAAUCUGCGACUGUUCAGCCGCGAUUAUUCGUUGACCGACCUGGCCUCUACAGCAUCGGACCUUUUGCAGUGGACACAGAAUUGGUGAUUCCCGACUCGAAGUGCAAACGCUCGUACAGUCAACAGGUCUCGCCAUCCCAUGUUUGUAUCGUAGUUCGACAGUCAUCGUAG